GUGUAUUUUCAGAUGUGGUACGUAGUCAUUUGUAAUGACUGGUGUGCAACCGUGCCAAGGGGUCGGAUCGAUUUGGGUUCUCUUAGCUUCAGUUGGCCUCCAUCCACAUCUAAGACGGCAGCACUAGUUAAGCGUAAAGACAAAGCUGAUUACAGUUGGCCCAUUCUGGAAUACCGCAAGAUUUAUGGACCAUAUUCUACUUACGAAGAAGCUCGAAGAAUCGAACGAGAAUCCGUGUGCAUAUCGACAUCCGAUGAGGCACAAUUUGCAUCGCUCUCAAAUCAGACUCUUCCUAAAAAACGAAAAAUAAUUAAAAGAAACUUUUGUGACAACCAAUCAGACAUUCAACAACAAGCAGUGGCUACAGCGACAAAAAUGAGGUCAAUACCAGCUCCACCAUCAUCAUAUAAGAAAGGUCUGUGGGAUUCAUCGCCAAAGAAACCUCAGGGCACUACCUGUAAAAGCCCAUCACUAUUACAAUUCCGUGGCCCUCCUGUAUCGCAUAAGACCAUGACGAUCGACAAUGGUUCAGAUACUGACGCAACUUAUUUUUCUGAAGCUCUGGACACACAUACUGCCACAGAGGAAUUGCCACCCAAUACUCCAUGCCGGUAUAAUCCGUGUUUGGAUAUCGCUUUUGAUCAUGGAACCAACUUGUUUGAUUCGGUUUUCAGUCAAGAAAUAGGUUUGUCAUUAUACUCACAUCAUACUAAUCCUAUUCAAUUCAUAUUCAAAUGAUAUUCAUACUCACCUGAAGAGGUUGUACGCUGGCUGAUCCACGUAGGCUGAUCAUCAGUACGUUUACAGUCGCUCCCUUUCAGUUCAUAUAGUUUAGAGGUUCAGAAUCCUGGAUCCUGAAAGCAGAAAAAUUCGAAAUUAUUCAAGACUUAGGUCUCUUUUUUUUCACUGUUGACUCCAUCCUCAUCUUCUAUUGAGGUUACUUUAGUUUUCUUUCUACUUAUACCACUUUGUUGUUGAGCAAGCCGUUUUCCAUAUAUUCUUUUUGUCACUAUUUUACCUUUCCAGCGAAAUGUCGCGGCUUUGGAAGCAUUUAACAUUAUUAAUUGCGUUCUAGAUUGUCGCAAUCAAACAAAUUCUACGAUACUUUACCAGUAACUGCUCAGAUUGAUACCCAAAGAUUUUCCUCUCUUAUUCAUAUGAAAGAAAGACAUACUAAAGCUACCAACGUAUCAACUACACAGUGUUGUCACGUUCUCAGUAUAUUUUACAGUAAUAAAUUAUUAAUUUUAUAAUAAUUUUUACUCACAACUAUCUUCAAUAAAUGCUGUUCUAUUGUUAUAAUUUUUAUUUGAGUAUAUAAAAAAUUUUUACGAUCGUAAUCAGUAAAAAUUAAAAUAAAAUAUUUUUGUGUUAAGAAGUUGAAAUCAAGGCAUAUUCACUGCUAAAAGUUAUUUCAAUUUUUGUUUAUUGUAUUUUUCUUUUUUGUUGUGAUUUUUCUGUCGAAUUUUUGAUUUCCUGGUAAACCUUAUGCAUUUCUCUUACUCUGUUACUACUAAUUUACUGAAUAGUGUGCAAUAUAACGUAAUUAUUCACGAACUUCUAUAUUUUUGUACUUUUGUCUCCGAUUGAACCACCCAAACAUCC